AUGGAUAGUAAAACUACAAAAAUGCCCAAAGUGGCAAAGGUGAAAAACAAAGCGCCCGCAGAGAUACAAAUUACUGCUGAACAACUUUUGAGAGAAGCCAAAGAGCGAGAUUUAGAGAUUUUACCACCACCACCAAAACAGAAAAUAUCUGAUCCAGAAGAGCUUAGAGACUAUCAGCAUCGCAAGAGAAAAGCAUUCGAAGAUAAUAUCAGAAAGAACAGACUUGUUAUAGGAAAUUGGCUCAAAUAUGCUCAGUGGGAAGAAUCACAAAAGCAAGUCCAAAGGGCUAGAUCCAUUUAUGAGAGAGCUCUUGAUGUGGACCACCGAAAUGUUACCUUAUGGUUGAAGUAUACAGAAAUGGAGAUGAGGAACAGACAAGUGAACCAUGCUCGCAACCUGUGGGACAGAGCAGUCACUAUACUGCCAAGAGUCUCUCAGUUUUGGUACAAGUACACCUACAUGGAGGAGAUGUUGGAAAAUGUUGCAGGAGCCAGACAGGUCUUUGAACGUUGGAUGGAGUGGCAGCCAGAUGAACAAGCAUGGCAAACAUAUAUAAACUUUGAGCUAAGAUAUAAAGAACUCGAUAGAGCUAGACAAAUCUAUGAAAGAUUUGUUAUGGUGCAUCCUGAUGUUAAGAACUGGAUCAAAUAUGCAAGGUUUGAAGAAAAUCAUGGAUUUAUAAAUGGUGCAAGAAAGGUAUUUGAAAGAGCUGUUGAGUUCUUUGGUGAUGAGGAUCUUGAUGAAAGACUAUUCAUUGCCUUUGCAAAGUUUGAAGAAAAUCAAAAAGAGCAUGAUAGAGCUAGAGUUAUCUACAAAUAUGCAUUAGACCACAUUCCAAAAGACAGAAAUAAGGAAUUGUAUAAAGCUUACACUAUUCAUGAGAAAAAGUAUGGGGAUAGAUCUGGUAUUGAAGAUGUUAUUGUAAACAAGAGAAAGUAUAUGUAUGAACAGGAAGUUAUUGAGAAUCCCACCAACUAUGAUGCCUGGUUUGACUACAUAAGACUUGUUGAGAAUGAAGGAAAUGUUGAUGAUAUCAGGGACACCUAUGAAAGAGCUAUAGCAAAUGUGCCUCCUUCGAAGGACAAGCAAUUCUGGCGACGAUACAUAUACUUGUGGAUUAAUUAUGCUUUAUAUGAAGAAUUAGAAGCAGAAGACGCUGAAAGAACAAGGCAAGUUUAUAGAACAUGUCUGGAACUAAUACCACACAAGAUAUUUACAUUUUCUAAAAUAUGGCUAAUGUAUGCUCAAUUUGAAGUAAGGUGUAAAGAUUUAAAACAAGCAAGAAAGACCCUAGGUAUGGCUCUUGGCAUUUGUCCCAGAGACAAGCUUUAUAGAGGCUACAUUGAUUUGGAGAUUCAAUUGAGAGAAUUUGAUAGAUGUAGAAUAUUAUACCAAAAGUUUUUGGAAUAUGGCCCAGAAAAUUGUAUAACAUGGAUAAAGUUUGCAGAGUUAGAAACAUUGCUGGGUGAUACUGACAGGGCUAGAGCUAUUUAUGAAAUAGCAGUAGGGCAGCCAAGACUUGACAUGCCUGAGCUCUUAUGGAAAAGUUACAUAGACUUUGAAGUACAACAAGGAGAAACAGAAAAAGCAAGACAACUUUAUGAAAGGUUGUUGGAGAGAACAGUCCAUGUAAAAGUUUGGCUUUCUUACGCAAAGUUUGAAUUAAAUGCUGAAAACGCUGACAAUAUAAAUGUAGAUCUGGCUAGGCGUGUCUAUGAGCGUGCUAAUGAUAGCCUCCGAAGUGCUGGUGAAAAAGAGGCCAGAGUACUUCUACUAGAAGCAUGGAAAGAUUUUGAAACUGAAAUAGGUGAAGAAGAAAAACUUGAAAAGGUUCUGUCCAAGAUGCCUAGAAGAGUUAAAAAGAGACAAAAGAUUAUUAGUGAAAGUGGAGUUGAAGAAGGGUGGGAAGAAGUAUUUGAUUAUAUUUUCCCAGAGGAUGAAAUGGUUAGACCUAAUCUUAAGCUGCUUGCUGCUGCAAAACAAUGGCGCAAACAAAAAGAAGUCUCACAACCACCAGAAUCAGAAUCUAGAACUGACCAUGAAGAAAGGCAGGAGAAUGAUGAUGAUGAUGAUGAUAGUGAAGAAGAAGAACAAACUCCUCCACAACCACAGAACCAGAAUGAAAAAGAGGAUGACAGUUAA